ACGAGACCCCGGGCCAAACGGUGUUGGGAUGAUGGUUCUUUGAUUACAGAUUGUCAUAAAGCCCAGCACACAGAGAAUUGCAAGUUGCAAUGGAUUUUGGAAGCCCAGAAAGUGUCAAAGAUUUCCCUGGUCUUUAUGGACAUGAAAGAGAACCUGAUAGUGAUUCGGAGAGCCAUGGGAGUAAGCAGCUGAUUAGCAAGCGCAAAGACAAGAAGGAAAAGGAUAUUGGCUAUGCCGCUCUGGGUGACAGCUCGGGAGAUGAAGAAGAGGAUGGAAAGAGCCCUCUGAGAGGAAAGUUGGGAAACCCUUUUAAGUUCUCGAAGAAAGAGAAGCGUGAAAAAGAAAAGAAAGAGCAGCACAGGGAGAAGGAACAAAAAGUAAAGGAAGCGAAAGAAAAGGAGCACAAACUGAAAGAUUCUAAAGAAAAACAAAAGGAGGAUAAAACAAAAGAAAAAGCAAGAGAGGAAAAGGCGAAAGAUAAAACGAAGGAAGAGAAGCUGAAAGAGAAGGAAAAGCAAAAAGAGGAAAAGAACAGAGAAAAGGAGAAAACCAAAGAGAAGGGAAAGGAAAAAGGAAAGGAUGAGAAGACCAAAGAAAAGUAUAAAGACUCUAAGGAGAAGUUGAAAGACACGAAAGAACUUAAGGAUUCUUCAAAAGACUCACAUGAAGAACGGAAAAAGAAGAAGAAAGAUCAGAGCAAGGGAAAAGAAAGAAAAAAGUCAGAUCCUGUGGUGGCCGUGGAGGAGGAGCCGGUGUUCGGUGUACCGCUGGCGCUGGCGGUGGAGCGCAGCAAGUGUCACGAUGGCGUACAGCUGCCGGCCAUCGUCCGAGAGUGUAUCGACUUCAUCGAACAGAACGGCCUGAACUGCGAGGGCAUCUACCGUCUGUCCGGGGUCAAGUCCAAGGUACAGCAGCUGAAGCGCGGCUACAACUGCCGCGACGCCGUCUGCCUGUACGACCACGAGCCACACACGGUGGCCAGCCUGCUCAAGCUCUUCCUCAGGGAGCUGCCGGAGCCGGUGCUGACCGCGGAGCUGCUGCCGCUGUUCGACAACCGC